UGUCCUGCCAAGACUAAGGACUGAAUGGAGCACCAAUUUGAGCCCACCGCACCACAAUCACCGCAUAUAACUGUCAUUCAAGGUACAUCUUCACACACGUGUUGGUGAUGACUGUGUAUUGAGUGUGUACUUCUCAGUGUUGUUGAGUGCAUGCUGUUUGGAACCAGUCAUUCAACAUGAGAGGGAGCAAGCUAAGCUGCAUAAUGUGGAGGCGAGGUACCAGUCAGUCAUGUCUCGUUGGCAUUAGUAACACGGAGGUAUCGCACAGUUCAAGGAGGCCGUGCAGAGGGUAUCACCAAGUUUCUAAAAUGUAUCAACCGUCUCACGUUUUACCUCAAGGGACCCGGCAAGAGGAGCUGAGCUGUAAAAGUCAACGACUCAUGAUCGAGAACGGUUUGAUUAGACAGGCAGGUGCCGGCACAUUUCAUCUUCUUCCUCUUGCUCAAAGAGCUCUAGAAAAACUCAUCAGGGUCAUCGAUUCAGAGAUGAGACCGGUCGGAGGUCAGAAAAUUACAAUGCCAUCACUUUGCUCAUCCUCACUCUGGAAGAAAUCAGGUAGAUGGGAACAGAUGGGAACAGAAUUAUUCCGAUUGAUAGACAGACACAAUACUCGGCUGUGUCUAGGUCCAACUCACGAGGAGGCAGUUACUGACAUCAUUGCAGCUGAAGGUACCAUGUCUUAUAAACGCUUUCCAAUCAAGCUGUAUCAAAUAACAACUAAAUUCAGAGACGAACCACGCCCACGGUUUGGGUUACUGAGAGGAAGGGAGUUUAUUAUGAAAGAUAUGUACACGUUUGACUCAAGUGCUGAAGCAGCUGUUGAUACAUAUCAAAGUGUGUGUGCAGCCUACACAAGACUCUUCCAGAGACUCAAGCUAGACUGUGUUCGAGUCGUUGGUGACACUGGUAGCAUUGGAGGUAGUCUAUCCCACGAGUAUCAUUUCCCUGCACAGAUAGGUGAGGAUGAGCUAUUCAACUGCAAAAUAUGUGGACUGGGUGCUAAUGGAGAAACAACAGAGGGCAGCAGACCACCAUGCCAACGUGGGUUGAGUGAGAGCGCUUGUCAAAUCAGAUUACAGAGAGGGAUUGAAGUCGGACACGCAUUUCUACUCGGGACAAAAUACUCGAAGAUCUUUAACGCGAGUUAUCAGGACCCAAUAGGAAGUAUUAGUAAGAAAUUUACUGAGAUGGGUUGUUAUGGUCUGGGGGUGACACGGAUCCUAGCUGCAUCCAUAGAGGUGUUAUCCACAGAACAAGAGAUCCAAUGGCCUUCACUGAUUGCUCCUUAUCAAGUUUAUGUCAUUCCGCCCAAGAGAAAAAGCAAGGAAGAAGCGGCAAUCCCAUUGGCUGACAAGUUGUGCAAUGAUAUUGUUCAUACCUUCCCCAGACUACAGGAUGAGCUGCUAUUGGAUGACAGAGAUCACAUGACCAUAGGUCGCAGGCUCACCGAUGCAAAAAAGCUGGGUUACCCGUAUGUCAUCAUUUUAGCAAAGAGAGCACUUGAAGAGCAGCCUCUCUAUGAGUUACACACAACCCGCCAAGGAACAAUCGAGUACCUCACAAAAAGUGAAUUAUUGAAGACAAUUGCAGCCAUUGAUGUUGUAUGACCUGCCGGCCAUUUUCUCAGGAACUCAACGUUUGAGGGGACAAGACGAGCUUCUCAGCAAAGUAUUGUGCACUGAUGAUGACCUCAAGCUCCCUGCCUCCCGGUAUCUCCAUCUUCUCAAACCUG